GCCGGGCUCACGUGGGCGGGGCGAGGCCAGGCCGGGGCGGGAUGAUCGGGACGCUGCUGUGCUACCUGCUGCUGCCCGCCGCCAGGCUCCUGCGCGCUCUGCGAGAUGCCUUCUUUACAUGUCGAAAAAAUGUGCUUCUGGCGAAGAGCCCGUCCACCAAGGUAGAAGGCACUUCUGCUGUGGCUGGUGGGAGGUUGGUCCCAGAAGAGCAGGAAGCCUUGCUUCAGCAGUGGCUGGAGGAAGGAUCUGGUGUGCUACACACCAGUGAGAGCACUUCAUCAGUGGGGAAGGUAUCAGCCACACUGACUAGUGACUGGCUUGAAGGCCCAGAACUAUUGAUGACCAGCCUUAGUGACUUGAAUGCAGCUCCAGAGGUAACGUGGUGCACUGAUGAGCAUGCUGAUGAGCUCCAUACCUUCGUGUCUUCAGGACCACAGCAAGAUGCAGAAGUUGAACUGGCAAAAUUAGCAACAGAGGAAACCGUAGCUAUAAUGGGAAAUGCAGAAUGGGCAGCUAUAAAACCACAGACAGAUCAUCAGAUUUCUGGCUGUACCUCUCCAGCCACAGAGAGGCCAAUUGAAGACCCAGCUGUGCUGGGAUGGAGUUUAGCACUUGACACAGACAUUAUGCCAGUGGAAACCCCAGCCUGGUCCUUUCAGGAUAUGGUGCAGCUUCAGCCUCUUCCAGUUGAGAUACCUUACCAUGAGAUUUUAUGGAGAGACUGGGAGGAUCUUUCUGUACAGUCCAGUGCACCAGAACCAUGCUUGGAGAAUGCUCCUCUCUUUGAAUUUCGAGUCAUGUCUUAUAACAUUCUGGCCCAGGACCUGGUAGAACAGGGCCCUGAUCUGUACCUGCACUGCCAGCCUGACAUCCUGAACUGGAACUAUCGUCUCCCAAACAUCUUGCAGGAGAUACAGCACUGGGAUCCUGAUGUUCUGUGUCUCCAGGAGGUACAAGAGAAUCAUUACUGGGAGCAGCUGGAGCCAACAUUGAGGAUGAUGGGCUUUGUGAGCUUCUACAAACGGAGGACAGGGAAAAAGACAGAUGGCUGUGCAGUGUGCUACAAGCAUGCCAGGUUCCAGUUGGUCAGUGUCAGCCCUGUUGAAUAUUUCCGGCCUGGUCUGGACAUCCUCAAUCGGGACAACGUGGGUCUGGUGCUGCUGCUGCAGCCCUUACUCACAGAAGGCAUGGAACAGAAAAUACCCAGUCCCUUGUGUGUGGCCAACACUCACGUGCUGUAUAAUCCCCGCCGGGGAGAUAUCAAACUUGCACAGAUGGCCCUGCUCCUCGCAGAGAUUGACAAGGUUGUGAAGACUGUUGAAGGCAGAUACUGCCCUAUCAUCCUGUGUGGAGACUUGAAUUCUGUACCUGAUUCUCCAUUAUACAAGUUCAUCCGGAAUGGUCACCUCGCUUACCAUGGGAUACCAGCCUGGAAGGUGUCUGGACAGGAAGACUUCUCCCAGCAGCCGCACCCACGGAAACUACUAACACCGCUCUGGCCCAGCUCUCUGGGUAUAACAGAAAGCUGCCAGUAUGUCACUCUUUGCCAGCCAAAGAAAUCAGAUAGAUGCAAGUACAGCCGGGAUUUCCUGCUGCAGUUCCGUUUCUGUGAUGCUGCCUGUGAAAGACCUUCAGAUCUGGUCCUGCUGGAGGGUGUGACAGAUGCUAAACCAGAACGUCCUGCUUAUUGGCCCAAGCACCUUGCCGUGGGGGAUGACCCUCAUCUAGAGCCAUUCUUCCCAAGGUCUUCUGGUGUAAUCCAGCAUGACCUUAACUUGACCUCUGUCUACAGUCACUUCUUGCCUCAGAGAGGUCACCCUGAGAUCACAACUAUGCCUAUGGGCGUUGGAGCCACGGUUGAUUAUAUUUUCUACUCAGCAGAGCCCACUGAGAAUAGGAACAAAGGUGGUCACAGGCUGUAUCGAGAUGGAGCCCUGAAGCUGCUUGGCCGCCUCUCCCUUCUCUCUGAAGAUGUCCUGUGGCUAGCAAAUGGUUUACCCAAUCCUUUCUGCUCAUCCGAUCACCUCUGUUUGUUGGCUAGCUUUGGCUUGGAGAUCUCCAGCCUCUGAAAGGGAAAUUCUGUGGUCCCCUCUCCCCUGAGAAGAGUUGAUCUGAAUGCAGAAAUCAUGCAUCUGGAGCCCCACUCUGCACAUGGGGAAAUUCUCUCCUGCUCCCCCCAAAUUCCCGUUUUUGAGGUUCUCCUCUUCUUUUCUGUAAUGGGAGUUUGGUGGGCAGGGCAGAUUACAUUUAUUGCUAAUCCACAGGGCUCCAGUGGUCUAAGCACCAUUGCUGACUGAUGUCCAGUUGUACUCUGGCUGCACCCUUUCUUAAGUGGACCCUGACAUUUAACUCCCCUUUUGUCCUGCUUUGGCAAAUGUUUUAGUGCUGCAGGAGCCAAGACUCCCUCUUGUUUACUUUUCUCCAACUCCUUGGAGCUAGGCCAGAAGAGAUGCAGAUCUGACAGAAUGUGGGGGGUUUUUAAAUUGACUGUUUGCUGCCAAGCAGCAUGGGGUGCUUGCAUCCAUUUUCGUUCAUGCCGAAGUGACGGUUCUUUUAAUUUCUCAGCAAGAAGAUAUGAAAUGCAGCCCCUUUAAGCUAAGCCCAGGAGUUUAGGUUUCACAGGCAGGAACAGGCUUGGUUACUGCUCAGUAACGGAACUGAAAUGACCUUCACCCAGUGAUGCCUAAGGAUAUUCUGUAUUGGGCGUACUCUGUUCUAAACCCAGCACACAUGCCACAGGGUGAGUUCCUUGAACUCCUUUUCUGUAGGGGAUGUCUACACCUAUGACCCACUGCACCAAUGACAUCUGAAACUAGAAUUGGUAUUAUAUGGAGGCCACUGUUUUGCUCUGAUGAGCUGUCAAACCACCAUAGCAGGGGUCUAAAAUCCUUGGGAAGGCUUCCAGUACUUCUUUCCUGACUCUCAGAACAGUUUCUGUUCUCUUUCAUGCCUGCAAGCUUUAGAGAUGGAUUUGUCAAGAUCCUUUUUCAGAGGAGAAAGUGGUGCUCUCUGGCUAGAUAAGAAAGGAGAGUACUUAGAGGCUGUAGCCCUGUGCAUUCACAGAACAGUGCUAAAGACAGCUGUAGAGCCCGGUAAGCAGAACCAUUUGGCUGGAAAUGCUGCAUCUACCUCCUCCUCCUGUUCCUGUCAGUUUGUACUUCCUGUAGUCCUCCCCAAACCCCAGCUGUUCCCUUUGGCCUACCUCCUGGCCCAGACAAUGUCAUACAACAUCAUUGCCUUUUUCUGGAACUUGCCCUUCCCUAGGUAGGUGAGCUGAUAAAGCUACUCCUCUAACAUUGAUGUGGAGGCCUGUGUUUUUUGGAGCCAAAGUUUCAAUAGUUGGAUCCAUUGUAGCUAGCAUGUUUGUUGAUAUAAUUACUAAUCAUUAAUAGCUUGUUACUUCUGUUAGGUGUUGGAACUGCCUUCUUACCCACUCUCCCCCUCCCAGUGGGGCAGAUGUCCCAACCUGGCUCGACUUCUGGGGCUCAGCUUUUUUAUUAGUGUGGUGUGAGAAAUAUUGGUCUCAAAGAGUUCCCUCCUCUUAAAAAAAUAUUUUGCAGUUGAAAAGGCUGAUCUCACCUCAGCCAACUUUCUAGAGUAGGUUGUGGGAAGCUUGAAAUAACUAAACUUUUGUCUAGAAUAUUUGAAAAGUACGUUUGGGAGGGUUCAUUGUUUUAAAUGUUACUUUCUUACUCUUGUUUGAAAAAUAAAAUUUUAGAAUGUCAGAACGUUGCAUAGUCAGUGCAGCUGCUGGGGCUCCUGAGGGCACAGCCCCCUCCUUCUGGGGGCCCAAUUACACCCUGAGGUUCUGUUAGCCAGAGGUGUGGAAGAGGGUCAGGUUUUGUGCUAUGAGCUGUGUGAGGGUGGUGGCAAUGAAGAGGGAGAGAGUGCUUGGCUGACAAGUUAUCAGCUUGGGCCUGUUCGUAUCAAACCGUGCAUCAAGAGUCUUGGCCUUUGAUGUUGUUUUCUCCUGCACAGCCCCAAAAUCCUAGCAGUGACCUGUUUGUGAAAUGGCUUUCUGUGCAAGCUCAGUCUGGGAACCCCUUCCCUCACCCAUCAUGCAACCAAGGAAACCCACUGAACUACUGCUAGUUUCUAGAGUCACUGGCCAACUUCCAGACUGUAUCAGCAGCCUCUGGUUCCCCUUAGUGAACCCUAAUCUUUUCCUCAUUCUGUGCUAGGGGAGAACUGUGCUUGUAUACUGUCUCCAGCUUUCAUCACAUACUUAUGGGGUGAUUUCUGCUUGCCAGUGUAUGAGUGGCUGCAUUUCUAUCCCUGCUGUGGGAAGUUGGUGAGUAGGAAACUUGUUCCUCAGAGUGUGUGUGGUCUUUCUGAAAAGUAAUUUGGUGACUAGGUUUGCAUUUGCCCUCUCUCUUGCUUUCUGUAGUACCUCCUGGCCCAACUAACAUGGAUAUUUUUGGGAUGAUGAUUGGGGAUUGAGCAGAGAACUGUUAGCUACUGGAACAUGCACAGAAUUCUGAUGGUUUUAUUAAUUGCUGCAGUAGUUUUUAUUUUUACUUUUGUGACUGGUGUGCUUAUUCACAAAUCUAAACCCAAUCCAUGUAACCUGCCUGGGAACACCCAUUCCUACACCAGACUGCCUCUAAGGCCUACCUGAAUCUAAAAAGUUUAGUUUGUACUAAAAUGGUCACAGGCUGGACAUGUUCAAUAGGAUGAAGUUGUGGGAAUUAGGUGAAACCCUCCAAAAUUCAAAGUGCUCAGAGUCAUGUGACAAAGUGCAAAGUAUUUGAACUCAACUGGUGUUGGUAGUCACUGCUUAAGUAAAGGUUGCAGAGUAUUUACUUCAAAGAUGCUGGCUCAGAUCCUAUUAUUGAGAUUCAGUUACUUUUGAUUUUGAGUCAGCAAAAUUCAGGAAUCAAUUUUUAACCAAUAGAUUUGACAUAAGAAUAUGACCAACAAUUUAAAAUGCUCAGACUUUGAAAAAAAGAUAAGGUCCCAUGGCUAUACCUCAAGUCAGAAGGGCAGGUGUGAGAUUGCAUAUGUUGCUUUAAUUCAUUAUGUGUAUACAGAUCCCUGCAGUCUUUAAUUCUAUACUAUUUCUAAAAUAUUAGCUGGCAUUUUUUUCUAUGGAGUGGUAAGUUUCUUUAUGUAUAUGAAACACUCCUAGAUCCUGGUGAUUUAUAUGUGAGUAGCUAGAUCUAGAUGAUAAAACAUAUAUAUUAGAUGCAGAGAGUGAGUAGUAUGUUGUAGUACUAUAAGAAGAAUUCCAUGUGAUGGUGUAAUUAAAGACUGAGAUAACAAGUAACUUGCACCAGGAGGCAAAGUUAGGUCCUUAUUGCACAUUACACUGUGAGCUGUGGAAAUGUUGAUCAGUGUUAGUACUAGCUCAAGUUUGGUGCAGUUGCACUUCAGGCCUGGAGGAGUGAAAUGUAAGAUUUCCCCUGCUCUACUAUGGGCUGUCCAGUUCCCUUUCUCCCCUGCCACCCCUGGGGUUCCCCCCCCAACUUGCUUGUGGUUGCCUGGCUGGCUGUCCUGGGGAGCAGACAGGGAAGGGUUAAGCAGCCUGUUCAGCCCCUGUGGGCUGCUUCUCUUCUCUGGGCUGAGCAGCAGCAGCAGGUGGCCAGGCAGGUUAAUCUUUCCCUGCUUGUUCCCAGGAUGAACAGUGUGGGCAGCCACAAGAAAGUGGUGGGCAGUGAGCAGGGAACUGGGGAAGGGGGGGCAGUGGGCCCAAUCUAGGCUGGCAGGGGGGCAGGUGGGGUGUUUACACUACAAAAGUGUAGCCUAAAGUGGCUAAAGCUUAGUGUAACAUUAGCUGGGCUAACAGGGAUCAGAGAGAAUCCUGCCCUGGGUAACUUUGAGCCAUCUAAUGAGUGCUUAAAACUAAUUUCAGGUGUUUAAUGUGCAGACAACCCAGGUGUUAAGAGCUCCAGGAGCUGCCCAAAAUUACCAUUUUUAAUAAGGUUCUUAAGUUUCCAUACGUAGUCUUACCUCUACCACAAAUGACUGAAAUGCUUAACCAGGCAAUAGUGUUUGCAGUACUUCUCUGAUGGAUUGUGAAGGGACCUGGAAACAUCCUUCCAGGAGGGAGUAGAACUGCAGGAAUACCUUUGUAUUAGGGAAGUGAGAAUGGAUCAGAGCAGGAUCCAAGCACAGUGUGCUGUAGGAAAAUAGAGCCUUCUCUUAAGGCACCAUGUGACCGCAUUAUAUUAUCAACUAAUCCAGCUGCAGGAAACUUGUAGGCAAGGAGGCACAUUCAUGUUUGAGUCUGUUUUUGUUAGGUAAAAGUUUAGAUGGAUGGCAACUUGUAGAGUACUCUGAACAGAGCCAACUGGGGAUAGUAAGGGCUGGACUCUUUUGCCUACUUGGAAAUUCUGAUCUCUUUGCUUCUUGAUAAGUAGUAUAUUUUCCUCAGCCAGUUUUUGGGAGAUAACACAAAUAAAAACGGGUAGACAAUUGGGAACAAUUAACAGAAUUCCAGCUUUUGGCCAGGUUCUCCUGUUCCUCACCCCUUUUCUUCUAAGGCAUAUAUGCUGCCAGCUGCUCUCAGAACUAUUGACAUGGUUAUUACAUCCAGGGUACUGAUGUUUGUUUCUUCAGCAGCUGGAUAUAGGAAGUUAUUAAAGGGUUUGAGUUCACCUGUAGUCUCUGGGUUAAUAUACUCUGCUUGAGCUGUCAGGGUAUUGGGUAUAAAAUGUGUCAGGUAAUUCUGAAGUCUACUUCCUGUGAGUGGGGUUCACAUGGCCCCUAAAGUACAGCAGGCAAGACAGAGGGGAGGAAGUCUUGCAACUACUGAUUUGUGAGAAGUCAGUGGUGAUUUUUGGUGGCUUUUUUGGCCUUGAUUUUAUUACCCUUGGUUGAGUUGUUUUUCUAGCAGGUAGAGCAGCUUAUACAGACUCUUACAGAAAAGGCAAGUAUUAUGGCCUGAUACUGAGUGAAAACCUGGAACUGCAGAAAUUAGUAAUGGCAGCAGGUGGUCUAAGUAUCAGCGGCUGAGGAGUCUUAGAGGGGCUGGAAAUUUGCAGUCUAAGUCCAGCUGUACAGCCUUGGGCAAACUGAUGCCUUGCUCCCAUCUAGUACUCAGUCUGACCUAUAUUCACAUGUUUGCUGUAGUGAUAUUUAAACACUAACCUUCAGCUGCUCAAAAGAUGGCAGGUCCUGGUGGAGGAAUGGGCAUUGUUCUAGCGUGUAAAGUGGAACAGCAGCUUCAUGGAAUGUACAACCACCUCCAAUAUAAUUUUGAACAUUUUAUCAUCUACUUCAAAUUUAGACCUACUGGGGUGGGAAGCAAGGGCCUGGCUUACACACCUUGCAGAUCUAAGGGAUAGCUACUUUGGAGACAAGGGGCAGAAACCUGAGCUGACAGGGGGCUUGGUACUUAUGAAUUGCUGCAUGAAUUAUUCACAGAUUACUUCAAUUUAGAGGUACUGUUGCAUGUUAUCUGGGCAGGCAGGAGUACCUACCCUAAUCCUACCUCUCUUACUUCUACAUCAGCUGUAAGCUUUGCCUAUAUGAUGUCUUUGCUCACAUGCUGCUCUUCUACAGCUCUGAGGGAUAUGCUCCAUCUGAAAGACCUCAUACUAAAUAAAGUUGGAUCCUCCCUCAUGGGAAGGAAUAGA